ACAAAGAUAUGGGCCAUGUGACAUGUCUUCCAUAGUAGAUAAGAGUGAGAAGAUUGCCGCCUUUCAUCUGCUGUAUACUAAGAUAUGUGCUGUAAGGCCAAUUAUUGGCUAUUGUUUCACUCAUUAUUAUAUUAGUAGAAAGUGAAUGCUCCGAUGACGGCAGUUUCCGGCAACGGCCACAGAUCUCAUGUAUUGGCGGUUCCACUCCCUGCCCAAGGCCACGUGAAGCCGCUGAUGAGCCUCUGCCGCCAAAUAGCCAAACACGGCAUUAAGGUCACCUUUGUUAACGCCCAAUCUAUACAUCACAAAAUACUUUCUGCAGCUGCUGCUGAAGAAGAAGAUGAUGAUUGCGGCGGCAACGUAGUGAUGGCGACAGUCCCCGACGGGUUAUCGCCCGAGCACGAUCCGAACAACCCCUUUAUGCUGUUUGAAACUCUUCAAAAGACGAUGCCGCAAACAUUGCCAGAAUUGAUUGAGAGGAUUAACAGUGACAAUCCUAACGAGAAAGUUACGUGUCUCAUUGCCGACCUCUCGUUUUCAUGGAUUUUCGACAUUGCAGAUAAGAUGGGACUCGAGCCUGUCGGCUUCUCUCCGCCAUCCGUGGCCUGCUUGGCCAUGGCGUUUCACGCUCUCAAAAUGUUGGAACGUGGAGAUCUCGAUACCAAUGGAUCGCUCAAGAAUGGAGAUGUAAUUAGCUUGUCAGACGAUACACCCGCUUGGAGGAACGAAGAGCUUCCAUGGCGCUUUCCCGACAACCCAAAAAUGGAAAAAGUGGUGAUUGAAGCGAUACAAGUUUAUAGAAAAGCUAGUAAAGCUAAGUGGUGGCUAUGCAACAGUUGUUAUGAACUUGAACCCGCAGCUAAUGAGUUGCUCCCCAACGCCUUGCCUAUCGGGCCCUUAAAUUUACUCGACUCCAUUACCGACGGAUCCGAUUCCAGAUCCACCAAUUUUUAUCCUGAACAUUCAUCCUGUUUAAGCUGGUUGGAUAGCAAACCGGAUGGAUCGGUGGUAUAUGUUUCUUUUGGAAGUUCAGCAGUUUUCUCCCAGAAACAGUUGGAUGAGUUGGCUCUCGGGCUCGAGCUAUCGGGCCGGGCUUUUCUGUGGGUCGUCCGACCAGACCUUGUAAACGGGUCGUGCAUUGCAUACCCUGAUGGGUUCUUGGACAGAGUAAGCGGGCUCGGGAAGAUUGUGGAGUGGGCGCCUCAGAAUAGAGUCCUUGCACAUCCUUCGAUUGGAUGUUUUAUGUCGCAUUGUGGAUGGAAUUCGACUAUGGAAGGCGCGAGCAGAGGGGUCCCUUUCCUAUGUUGGCCCUAUAUGUCAGACCAAUUACAUAAUGAGAGGUACAUUUGUGAUAAGUGGGAGAUUGGAUUGAAAAUUACUUUUGAUGAAGGGGGGAUUAAAUCGAGGUAUGAAAUCAAGAAGAAAAUUGAAACAUUGUUUUCUGAUAAUAAGUUUAAGGAAAAUGCAUUGAAACUGAAGGAAAUGUGUGGCAAGAGUGUUAGCAUUGGAGGGUCGUCUUGUAAGAAUAUGAAGAAAUUUAUUGAUCAUCUUAGGGGAUGAAGGACGAUUGUCAGUAUUGACUCUAAAAUUUAUAUUUCUUGUCCAUGUAA